UCUCCUUCUCCUUCCUUCUCCUCUCCUUCUCCUUCUCUGUUUUAUUUUUGCUUCGUUUCCUAAUCUCUUCCUCCGAUUCUUAGGUUUUUUUUUUAACCCGUCUCUCCGCUCAGAUCUUCCCCGUUUCAAAACUCUUUUGGAUCCAGAUUCUCCUCCUUUUUAUGUAGGUAACACGCAUAUCAAGUGUUAAGGGUCAAGAUCACAAAAAGUUAUAUCGGGUGAUCUGGGCUGCUUCGUUUGUAAUCUAAAAAAAGCUAAUUGGUGGACUUUGAUAGCUUCGUAUGGUUGUGAGUUGAAAAGGUUCUAACUUUUUUAUAUUCAUCGAUGAGUAACUAAUCUGGAAAAUAUUGUUGGGAGAGAAAGGCACAUUUUUACUGCUGCUGCUAGAGGACUUUUCUGCAUCCAUGCUGGUAGAGAGCAUGCGUGGAUACUGUGUUUUGGGUGAUGCCCCUGACAAAAUUAGUUCCCGAUGCAUUCGGCGUGGUGACGAUAUGUCUAGUCGCUCUGCUAGUUCUUUUGGUUCUUUUGGGUCUCCUUUGCAUCGCUUACUCCUUCUACUUCCAGUCUCACGUUCGUAAGCAAGGCUAUAUUCAACUUGGUUACUUCAGUGGUCCCUGGAUUAUCCGAAUCACAUUCAUUCUCUUUGCUAUCUGGUGGGCUGUUGGUGAGAUUUUUCGUUUGAGUUUGUUGAGGCGUCACAGAAGGCUGUUGAGCGGGUUGGAUCUGAGAUGGCAAGAAAACGUCUGCAAGUGGUACAUCGUCUCCAAUCUAGGAUUUGCGGAGCCUUGCCUCUUUCUUACUCUCAUGUUUCUUCUGCGUGCUCCCUUGAAGAUGGAAUCAGGGGCUCUGAGCGGGAAAUGGAACAGGAAUACAGCGGGUUAUAUUAUUCUUUAUUGUCUCCCGAUGCUUGCUCUUCAACUUGCGGUUGUGUUAUCCGAGUCCCGCCUAAAUGGUGGUAGCGGCUCUUAUGUAACGCUGCCACAUGACUUCACAAGAACGUAUUCCCGAGUUUAUAUUGAUCAUGAUGAGGUCGCCUUAUGCACAUAUCCUCUACUGAGUACCAUCAUUCUUGGUGUGUUUGCAGCCGUCCUAACAGCUUACUUGUUCUGGCUUGGAAGGCAGAUUCUGAAACUUGUCAUUAAUAAGCGUUUACAGAAGAGAGUAUACACUUUGAUAUUCUCGGUCUCGAGUUUCCUGCCUUUAAGGAUUGUUAUGCUCUGUUUGUCGGUUCUCACAGCAGCAGACAAGAUUAUAUUCGAAGCCCUUUCUUUCUUGGCCUUCCUCUCCCUCUUCUGCUUCUCUGUGGUAUCCAUUUGCUUGCUUGUCUACUUCCCGGUUUCAGAUUCCAUGGCCCUGAGAGGUCUAAGGGACACGGAUGAAGAGGAUACAGCUGUGACCGAAGAACGCAGUGGUGCUCUGUUACUUGCACCAAAUAAUUCGCAAACCGAUGAGGGCUUGAGCUUAAGAGGUCGGAGAGACUCGGGAUCAUCUACACAGGAGAGGUAUGUGGAACUCAGCCUAUUUCUUGAAGGUGAGAACUAAAAAGCGCCAAAGGCUGUUUCUAUUUGGCUUUUGGCAAUGUACAGCUUCCUGGUGAAACAAGCUGAGAGAGAGAGAGAGGGGGAUAAAGACUUAAGUAUGAGAAUAUGUUUGCGCAAAAAAGGCAUAAUUUCAGUUUUGUGGCAAAGACACUUUGACUGUAAAGGAGGGUUUAAGGGGGGUUUACUCUUUGUGAGGGUUUGUUGUUUGAAAUGUUUUCUGCUUGAUGGAUCAUAUUUUUGUACCUUUAUUAUGUGAUCAAUUUUGAUUUAGAAAAAAAAAACACACAAAGCAAAACUAA